AUGUUAAGUACACCUGAUGGACCAUUUAUUCAAGUAGGUCGACUUAAUCUACCUAAAUAUGCACAAAAUCAAGGUAUAGCUCGAUCACUUUUUGAACAUUUAUUUUAUCAUGCAAAUGAUGUUAGAACGGCACUUCAAUUAGCUACACAUGCUAAUGAAAUAACACAAAAUAAAGAUUGGUGGUGGUUAGUACAAUUGGGUAAAUGUCAUCAUCGUUUAGAUAUGUUUCGUGAUAGUGAAAAACACUAUCUUCUUUCAUUAAAUAUUCAACCUAUGGUUGAUACAUAUUUAUAUUUAGCUAAAGUUUAUCUUCGACUUGAUCAACCAUUACUUGCUAUUAGUAAACUACAAGAAGGUUUAGAAAAAUUUCCAUAUGAACCAUAUUUAGUUCAAGCUAUUGCACGUAUUUUUGAAGGUCUUAAUGAUAUGUCACAAAGUAUAGAAUAUUAUCGACAAGUACUAAAAUUAAAUAAUACAAAUAUUGAAGCAAUAGCAUGUAUAGCAGCAAAUCAUUUUUAUAAUGAUCAACCUGAAAUUUCAUUAAAAUAUUAUCGUCGUCUUUUACAAAUGGGUGUAACAACAUCAUCGAUAUUUACAAAUAUAGCAUUAUGUUGUUUUCAUGCACAACAAUAUGAUAUGAUUGUUACUUGUUUUUUAAAAGCUUUAGCAAAUGCAACUAUAGAUGAAGAACAAGCAGAUAUUUGGUAUAAUAUUGGUGAAAUGGCAUUAUAUACAACAGAUAUACAUUUUGCAAUACAAUGUUUUCGUUUAGCACUUGUUUAUAAUAAUGAUCAUGCGGAAGCAUAUAAUAAUUUAGGUCUAGUGGAAUUACAAAGAGAAAAUCAUGAAAUAGGUCGAAGUUAUUUACAAACAGCUCAAAGUCUUGCACCACAUAUGUUUGAACCAUAUUAUAAUUUGGCUAAAUCAAUGUAUCAACAAGGUGAUUUACAAAGUAGUUUUCGUGCAAUCAAAAGUUCACUUGAUAUAUACAAAAAUCAUUCAGAUUCAAAACAAAUUUUUGAUGAACUUAAAAAAAUGUUUUCAGAACUUUAA